AUGACAAACGACGCAUGCGUCUCCUUCUGUGACGGCCGCGGCUUCGCUGUUGCCGGCACCGAGAACGCGGGCCAAUGUUUCUGCGGCUCUGACGCCGAUAUUGCUGCAGCCACGACCCUCGCCGAAGAUAAAUGCAACAUGGUGUGCACGGGCGCUUCUGGCUCGAAUCAAGAAAUCUGCGGUGGAUCUGCCGCUUUGAGUGUCUGGCUGAAGAAGGGCGGUGAUGCUACUACAACCGUUGCAUCAAACGACACGUCUUCUGCAGCAGCAUCUGCCGGUGGCACAAAAAGAUCGGUUCGCUGGUCAUCAUAA